CUCUCUCAGUUGUUGGAAAGUGGAUGUAAGUGACACAAAAUGUUCUUCAAUUUGCAGCUGUUGCUUGUAAUCACUGCGGUGUUAGGAACGGAUGGAUAUUAUCAUUACGUGAUAGCAGAAUGCCUCAGUAGUUCGUCAGCUCUCACAGAUGUGGUACUCAUUGCUACAUUUUAUUUUAAUAAAGACCCAGUAUUACGGUUCAACAGCACUGUGGGGGAGUAUGUAGGGUUUACUGAACUCGGAGUGAAAAAUGCAGAAAUCUGGAACAAAGGGCCUGAAGUGCAGCAGGCGAGAGCUCAGCUGGAGGGAUACUGCAAAAACAAUCUAAGAAUUGACUACUCUGCUGUUCUGGAUAAAGCAGUAAAGCCAAAGGUCCAGCUGAAGUCAGAACUGCAGUCUGAUGGCAGUCGUCCAGCCUUGCUGAUGUGCAGCGCGUACGACUUCUACCCUCCGGUCAUCAAGAUUUCCUGGCUGAGAGAUGGUCAGAAGGUGACCUCUGCUGUGACGUCCACCGAGGAGAUGCCUGAGGGAGAUUGGUUCUACCAGAUCCACUCCCAACUGGACUACAUACCCAAAUCUGGGGAGAGGAUCUCCUGUGUGGUGGAGCACGCCAGCUUCCAGCAACCCAUGGUGUACGACUGGGACCCGACUCUUCCUGAGUCUGAGAGGAACAAGGUUGCUAUUGGAGCUUCAGGGCUGGUGUUGGGGAUCAUCCUAUCAGCUGCUGGAUUCAUCUACUACAAGAAGAAAUCCACAGGGCGAAUCUUGGUGCCAAGUUAAAUGAACUUGUGUUAAUACGGAGAAGUCACCUUUGACCUCAAGGAUCAAAGAAGCGGAGUCUAUGUCACACCUUUUUUUGUAUUUGUUCUCUCUUCAUUAAACUUAUUUUAAAUAGAUGAUUUAUCUAAAAAAAUGCAAUUUUUUACAUGAGCAUUUGCAGGAUAGUUUUUUUUUUUUGGUAUAAGACAUAUGAAAAGAAUAAUGUGAGUCCUGUUAGAGAUCUGAACAGAAAUAAUCCUGUGUGUUAACUCAUUCUACUAUAGAUACUGAUUGCUUAGACAUAUACAGCCCUACUACAGGUUUAUAAAAGAUAGAUCAUAAUCAAAUCUUCAAUUUUAAGUGCAUUUUAAAUGCAUUAACUCAAAGAAAAAAUGGUUACUGCUACCAAAAAAUGACAAGAGUUAAAUGUUGUGCUGAGAUGGAUAAAUCUGUCCUGUCUGUAGUGUUCUCUGCAGUCCUCUUUAGUUCUGAUUUUAGAGCACAUGCACCCCCUCUUUCUCAGUUAAUUUAAUGGUUUUCACUAUAAUUAUAUACUAACAUAUUGUUGUAAGUUUUUUUGUUAGUAGCUUGAUAAGUGUAUAAUAUUUUGUAGUGGAAUUGCCUGAUGAUCAAUGUCAGUGUUUUAUUGCUCUAAAUAAACUUUCCUUUCUUUGAAAAACAA